CUGAACAGACCAUGCCUGAAUUGAUGCGCUGCAUUGUCGGCUUUUUGCUGCCAGCUAUCGUACUAUCGCACGAUAGUUCCUAUCGGUUACCCAGUGCACUAAAGCCGCUGCACUACGAUCUGCGUAUAUUAACCCACUUGAUUGCACCCCUAAAUCUGAGCUUCGAGGGCAGUGUUAAGAUCGAUUUGCAAGUCCUGCAAAGCACGAGAGAUAUCACGUUGCAUGCCACAAACUUGACCAUAGAUGAGGCACGCAUAACUUUGUCAUCGCGCAACGGCAGCAGAAGUCACAGCAUAAGCCGCAUUGAGCGCAAUGAGACGCUCGAGUUCUACACCAUGCGGCUGGAUGGGGAGCUGCAGAUCCAUGAGCAGUACGUGCUAAGCAUGCCCUUCAGCGCUGCCAUGAAUGCUAACGAUGUCGGCUACUACUCGAGCUCCUUUCGCGACCCAAAGACAAACCAAACGCACUACUUGGCGGCAACACAGUUUUCCCCGACCUUUGCACGACUGGCCUUUCCGUGCUUCGACGAGCCGCAUCUGAGAGCCAGUUUCCAGGUAACGCUGGGCUAUCAUAAGAACUACACCGGAUUGAGCAAUACGGCCGUCAGUAAAUGCGUGGAUCAUGGCCGCCUUCAGGAUUAUGUGUGGUGUCAGCAUGAGCCGCUGCUCAGCACAUCCACCUAUCUCGUGGCCUACGCCGUGCACAACUUAUCCAGCCUUCCGGUGGUGCACAGUGAAACGCAGAACAACGUGUCCUUUCGCAGCUGGAUGCCACCAGAUGCGGUAAAGGACGGCACUUUCACUGCGAAUUUAGCGCCACGGGCCUUGAGCUAUUUGGAGAAACUCCUSGAGUUCGCGUUUCCYUUGAGGAAGGUGGAUCAGUUGGCGUUGCCUUCGCACAAAUUCAGUGCUAUGGAAAACUGGGGCCUGGUCACGUUCAAGCAGACCCGCUUUGUCCACUACGAUGACGAGCUAAUGCAGGAUAAAGAGGAUAAGGCCUUCACCGUGGCACAUGAAUAUGGACACCAGUGGUUCGGCAAUCUGGUGGCCAUUAGUUGGUGGAACGAUCUGUGGUUGAAAGAGGGACCCUCCACGUACUUCGCCAACCUGGCGCUGGAUGCUCUCAUGCCCGAGUGGGGCAGUCUCCAGCGCAGAGUGGCAAACGAUUUGGCUACGUUCUUUUGCAAGGAUAUGUUCAACGAUACAAUCGCSAUUUCACGCGAUGUGCACGAUUCGAAGAGCAUACUGGAYCAGUUUACUCCGCAUGUGUACGAGAAGGGAUCCCUCACGAUGCGCAUGCUCCACAAGCUGCUGGGCGACGAGGCCUUCCUCAUGGGCACACGCAACUAUUUACGGAGACAUGCCUAUGACAGUGUUAGACAGUCGGAUCUGUGGCAGGCCAUGCAGGAGGCGGCAGAUCCGAAGGGCUCAGGUGGCAUUCGUCUGUCGACUGUGAUGGACAGCUGGACAUUGCAGAAGGGCUAUCCGCUUCUGACAGUGAUUAGGAAUUACAGUUCCAGUACCGUCUGGGUUGAUCAGGCUCGUUUCAUGCUGGGAGCUGAUAGCGGGGAGCCCACUUGCUGGUGGGUUCCGCUCACGUUUGUUAAUCAACGCCAAGGAAACUUUGACGAAACGCAGCCCCAGUUUUGGCUCGAGUGUCCAAGCGCGGSCAAGACAUUCCGCCUACUCAAGGACCCCGCCCCCAACGAGUGGAUCAUGCUGAAUCCCCAAGUGAAUAGCAUUUAUCGCGUCAACUACGAUGAGCCCAAUUGGCGGAUGAUUAUCAAAACUCUCAACUCGGCUGACUAUGGCUCUAUUCACGCACUCAAUCGUGCCCAAUUGCUGGAUGACCUCCUAAUGUUGGCCGCCACCCGGGUGCAGAGCUACGAUUUGGCCUUC